AUCUAAAAAAAAUAGCCCACGAACUUUUGCCUAACUCCUAGGGACCCGAGUUCGAUCCCAAGCAGCAACCUAUCAGAGGAAAUAUAUCUCAAACACAUCUCCCACCUUCUCCUUCUACAGCCAUCGUCGCAGCCUCAGCUAUAACUGAGUUUUGGAUCCAAUUGAUUAGCAAAGUUAGUAGCUUUAUCUGAGUUUGGGGUGGGGAGCCAUGGUGUGGUGUAACCAUUGUGGGAAGAGCGUCUCCGGGAUACGCCCCUACGAUGGUGCACUGGCGUGUAAUCAAUGCGGGAGGAUAUUGGAAAAUUUCAACUUUUCAACUGAAGUCACUUUCGUUAAGAAUGCUGCUGGGCAGAGUCAAGCGUCAGGUAACGUAGUGAGAAGUGUUCAAAGUGGGGUUUCAAGCUCACGUGAAAGGAGAAUUAGACUAGCUAGAGAUGAGUUUAUGAAUUUGAGAGAUGGUUUGGGACUUGGUGAUGAGAGAGAUGAUCUGAUUGACAUGGCUACUCGAUUCUUUACAAUGGCAGUUGAGCAAAAUUUCACUAAGGGUCGCAGAACUGAACUAGUACAGUGUUCCUGCCUCUACUUGACUUGCAGGGAAAAGAACAUCCCGUUUCUUCUUAUUGAUUUCUCAAGCUACCUUCGUGUUAGCGUUUAUGAGUUAGGUGCUGUGUACUUGCAACUCUGUGAAAUGCUGUACCUUACUGAAAACCGGAAUUAUGAAAAGCUUGUUGAUCCUUCAAUCUAUAUUCCUCGGUUCUCAAAUGCCUUAUUGAAAGGCAAACAAGAUAAAGAGGUCAUGAGAACAGCUAGAGACAUUAUAGCUAGUAUGAAGAGAGAUUGGAUACAGACCGGCAGAAAACCUAGUGGAAUAUGCGGAGCAGCACUUUACACAGCUGCGCUUGCCAAUGGUAUCAAGUGCUCUAAGACAGAUAUUGUAGGGAUUGUGCAUAUAUGUGAAGCAACUCUAACCAAAAGGUUGAAUGAGUUUGGAGAUACUGAGGCUGGAAGUUUAAAUGUUGAGGAGCUCUCAGAGAGAGAAAGGGAAAUGCAUAAAAGAUCUUUUGCCACGAACCAGACAUCUAGCAAAGAGAAGGUGCACUGUAUGCAUCAGGAUAGUAAGCCUGUUAACUAUGGACUAUGUGAGGAAUGUUACCGUGAUUUCAUAAGUGUUUCCGGAGGACUUGUUGGUGGGUCGGAUCCUCCUGCCUUCCAACGAGCAGAGAAAGAGAGAAUGGAAAAAGAAAAAGCAGCUAGAGAAGAAAACGAAGGAGGGAUUAGUAGCCUGAACCAUGAUGAACAACUAAAUUCCAAGAGAGAACCAGUUUACUCCAGUGUGAGCAAAAGUGCAAAACCAUGUUCAGAGAAAGGUGAUGGAGAAAAAGAUGUGGAUGGUAGUGAAGUUUCAGAUGAAUCAGGCAACUUUUCUGACGUCAGUGAUACUGAGGUGGAUUGCUACAUUAACAACGAGGAGGAAAGGCGCUAUAAGAAGGUGGUAUGGGAAGAAAUGAACAAAGAAUAUAUUAAGGAGCAAGCAGAUAAGGAAGCUGCUCUGAAGGCGGCUAAUGAUGCUUUAAACGCAAGCAGCUCUAAUUUGCCAGAACAUGCAAGAAAGCUUGUUGAGGCUUCUAGAGCUGCCGUAGCAAAAUCUAGAAAGGAAAAACAACAAAAAAGAGCUGAGGAAGAAAAGAACGCACCUCCCCCAGCCACAGCCACGGAAGCUGUUCGCAGAAUGCUUGAUAAAAAGAGGCUUAGUGGGUUAAUCAACUACGAUCUUUUGGACGAGCUCUUUGAUACAUCUCCAACUGAGAAACCAGCCAAGAUUUCAAGAACCGAGACAGUCAUGGAAAAGAUGAAGGAAGAGAAGAAGGAAGUGAAGAGCAAUAAACAAGAGGAUGGUGAAAAUGAAGAAGAAGAUGAAGCAGAAGAGGAUCAAGAAGGCUAUGUUGAAUCAUAUGACAUAAACACAGAUUUUCCAGACGGUGAAAAACUCUAUGAAGAGGAAGAUGAAAAAGAGGAGGAUGGUUAUGAUCUUGGACUAUAUUGAUGCUUUCUGAAACAAAGUUCCAUGUAGAACAUUGUUUACCUUUUAAAUAAUACUAGGUUAAGAUCAUUCCGCGCAAGUGCGCGGAAUGAACAUUAUAUAUAUAAAUUAUUUUAUAUAU